AUGUCCCACGCCCUCCAAGUAGCCCGCCCCCUUCCCCAAAUCGACAAACUUCCGCGUCGGCGCCCUCUUCCUCGACGCCGACUCAAAGACCAUAUUAUCAACCGGCUACACAGAUGGGCCAUCAGGAAACACCCACGCCGAGCAGUGCUACGGAAUCGAGGGAGGAGGAGGCUGGAGGAUUCGGGGGGGCGGGUUAGGAUUGUGGAGAGGAUGAGGGAGCAGAUAUUGGAGGUUUCUACUGUGGGACAUGAGGUGGGUAAACGAUGGCAGCGGGUUAGGUAUUCAGUAGGGCACCUAGACUGCCUUGGUUUUGGGUUUGAUUAUGGGCGCAUUCAGAACGUGUUUGAGCCUCCAUGUGAUGAUAACCUGUGCGAUGGUAUCAAAUCUGAUAAUUCCACCCUGCCUAGUACGCCCAAGAUGCAGGCGUACUGCAUACCCCACUUGUUGAUUUAA